UGAAGGCGCGCGGGACAAGAUGGCGGCGCCGCCUCAGGCCGGUCAAGCAGCGCCCCCGGAGCCGCGCCCGCGGCCCUCGCGGCUGCCGGUGGGCCGGGCCCAGGAGAAGCGGGCCCCGUCCGAGGGGCCGCCCGCGGCGCCUCCCCAGCAGAAACGAUCGCGGACCGGGCUCGGGCCCGGAGCUGCCAAGGCCGCGCCCAAGGCCCCGCUCAGGGCCCCGCUGCGAACGCUGGGCCCCGCCGCGGCCGCUGGGAAGAACGAUGGCCCUCGCAAGGCGGCGUCGGUGGCGGCUGCUCCUCGGGCCGGCUCGGUCACCAGCACGAGCUCCAAGGGCGCCUCCAAGCGGCCGCCGUGGGACCUGCGGGGUCAGCUCGGGGACCUGCGGGAGGCGCUGGGCCAGGCCCAGGAGCGGCUGCAGGGCCUGGACACCGAGAAACGGGAGCUGGAGAGCGAGAAACGGGAGCUGGAGAGCGGCAACCGGCAGCUGAGGGAGCGGCUGGAGCGGCUGCAGAGGGAGCUGGGCGAGAGGGAGAGCCGCGAGAGCAGCCUGUGCACCCGCGUUGGCUCCCUGGAGCUGGAGGUCUCUCAGUGCCGCAAGGAGCUGCAGCAGAGCCGGGGCCGGGUGGAGGCCCUGGAGGCCGAGGAGCGGCGGCUGCGGCAGGAGAGGGACGAGGCCCUGGGCCGGGCACAGGAGCUGUCGGGGCAGCUGGAGAACGCCGGGGCGCAGCUGCAGCAGACGCAGCAGCAGCUGCAGGAGCAGCUGGAGGCGAUGGCGGCGCUGCGCGAGCUCGAGGCCUCGCAGCGGGCGCUGCUGGCCGAGCACGAGGAGCGCAUCCACCUGCUGGAGAUGGAGCGGCGGCGGCUGCACAACGACAUCCAGGAGCUCCGGGGUAACAUCCGCGUGUUCUGCCGGGUGCGGCCGCUGCUGCCCGAGGAGCGCGAGCGCCAGCGGGGGCUGCCCCACCUGCACUUCCCCCCGCAGGACCCGCGCGGGCUGGUGCUCACCCGGCCCGACGACAUCUUCGGGGAGAUCCAGCUGCUCGUGCAGUCGGCGCUGGACGGGUACCCGGUGUGCAUCUUCGCCUACGGGCAGACGGGCAGCGGCAAAACCUUCACCAUGGAGGGCCCUGCGCCCCCGGGCACCCCCGAAUCCCGGGGGAUGAUCCCGCGGGCCGUGCGCCACCUCUUCCACGGCGCCCAGGACCUGGCGGGCAAGGGCUGGCAGUACGGCUUCUCAGCCAGCUUCCUGGAGAUCUACAACGAGGGCCUGCGCGACCUGCUGCUGGCCAAGGGCCAGCGCGGCUCCGAGCUGGAGAUCCGGCGGCUGGCACCCGACAGCGACCAGCUGCACGUGCCCAACCUCACCUGGGUGCCCGUGGAGAGCGAGGAGCAGGUGAGGGAAAUGGGGAAAUAUGG